ACAAAACUUUCAAAACUCACCUCUCUGUGUCCACAGGAAAUUGCAGUAUCUGCUAAGUAUAAGCUCUCUCUGGUUACUUUAAAAUGGAAGGAAAGCCCCAAAAACUGAUCCAAAUCCCCAGAGUAAAACUCGGUAGCCAAGGAUUAGAGGUAUCAAGGUUGGGGUUUGGGUGUGCAGGACUUUCAGGAAUUCUCAACAGUCCCCUUUCUCAUGAAGAGGGAUGUAAAAUAAUCAAACAAGCUUUCAUCAGAGGCAUAACCUUUUUUGAUUCUUCUGAUCUUUAUGGAGCCGAUCAUGACAAUGAAAUCAUGAUUGGAAAGGCCUUGAAACAGCUUCCUCGAGAGAAGAUUCAGUUAGCUACAAAGUUUGGGAUUAUACGAUUAGGAGGAUUUGAAUUUGCAGUUAAUGGGACACCUGAAUAUGUAAGGAAAUGCUGUGAGGCAAGUCUCGAGCGCCUUCAAGUUGAUUAUAUUGACCUCUACUAUCAGCAUCGUAUUGACAAAUCUGUGCCAAUCGAAGAAACUAUGGGAGAGCUAAAGAAGCUGGUGGAAGAGGGAAAGAUAAAGUACAUCGGGUUGUCUGAAGCAAGUGCAAACACAAUUAGGAGAGCUCAUGCAGUUCAUCCAAUCACAGUCAUUCAAAUGGAGUAUUCGUUGUGGAGUCGUGACAUCGAAGACGACAUAAUUCCACUUUGUAGGGAGCUGGGAAUUGGGAUAGUGGCUUACAGUCCUCUAGGUCGAGGGUUCUUUGGGGGAAAGGCAACUGCAGAGAGCUUGCCAAGUGAGAGCAUAUUGUCUUAUCACCCAAGGUUCAGCAAGAAGAGUUUAGAAGAAAAUGAAGCUAUUUACAGAAGGCUUGCAAGUCUAGCUGUGAAGCAUGGUUAUACCACAGUUCAGUUGGCUUUAGCUUGGCUGCUCCAUCAGGGGAUUGAUAUUGUUCCCAUCCCAGGUACAACCAAACUUAGGAACCUCAAUAGCAACAUUGAGUCAUUGGAUGUGAAGCUAACAGAGGAAGAUUUCAAAGAAAUUGGUGAUGCUGUGCCAGUCGAUGAAGUUAGAGGCGAGAGAGAAUAUGAUGUUUUUACCAAAUAUAUGUGGAAGUUUGCAGACACCCCAUUAAGGACUUGAAAGCCAGUGUUCGACUUCUCACCAUCUUGAUCCAUGAAAUGCCGGAAAGGUCCAUUUUUGUUUGAAAAGAUGAUGGUGAAAGCUGCUACUGAUGUCAGUUGAGAAUCCACGAGAGCAUUAGUUAUUUGUCAUAUUUUCUUCCAAAGCUAUAGUAGUCACUUCAAAGUUUUUCGAAACCAUAUUAAAUAGAAGCUUUUUUUUUUUUUUGGAGAGUGCUCUCACAACUUUAGAGAUGAAUUACCUUGUUUUGGCCAUGCCCUAAGGCUAAUACCAACCAAUUGCAUCAUGAGUGGUCCGUUGUCCAUUGAGAAAUGAUUAUGAUUGGAGAUUAAUAUAGACCACUAGCGUCCCAAUUGUCCCUCA